GGUUUGUUUCCAGGAAGUGAGUAGCGUGACUACGGGCCUCACUGUGGCUAACUGAACUUUUUGCUUGUCAUUCGCUCAGCAAACAUUUUACUCAGCCGUUUAUUAAUCCAUCAAAAUGGGCGACGACGAGGAAAAGUAUGACGGCAUGUUGCUUGUGAUGGCGCAGCAACACGAAGGAGGAAUACAAGAGUUAGUAAACACAUUUUUCAGUUUCCUCCGCCGCAAAACUGAUUUCUUCACUGGUGGUGAACCCGGCGCUGCAGAGAAGCUAGUCAAAGAUGCUCUCGCCCACCACAGCCAGCUAGCGCUGAAGUCACAGAACGAGAAGCUGAAGAAACAGGAGCGGGAAAAGAAAGAAAAAGCUGAACGAGCUGCCAAGCUAGCAGCAGAAGAAGAGAGGAAGAAGAAGAUGGACGACGGUCCCAGAAUUCAGGAGCUGACUGAUGAAGAAGCAGAGAAACUUCAGUCUGAACUUGACAAGAAAAAGAAAGAAGAGGAGAGAAAGGAGAAAGCAGCAGCAAAUGCAGAAAAGGCGUCUGACAAAGUAGAAAAAGAGAAGGGGUCUGACUCAGAAGGAGAGGAGGAUGAGAAGGACAAAGAUAAACUGAAGCCCAAUGCAGGAAACGGAGCCGACCUGCCGAACUACAAGUGGACACAAUCCCUGUCUGAAGUUGAUCUGGUAGUGCCUUUCGAUGUAAAGUUCCGCAUUAAGAGUAGAGAUGUCGUGGUGGACCUCCAGCGGCGCUCCAUCAAGGUGGGCCUGAAGGGACACCCUCCUGUUAUUGAUGGCCCGCUUUACAACGAGGUGAAGGUAGAAGAAAGCUCCUGGCUCAUCGACGAUGGCAAAGUUGUUACAGUCCACCUGGAAAAGAUUAAUAAAAUGGAGUGGUGGAGCAGGAUCGUCACCACAGACCCAGAAAUUAACACCAAGAAAGUCUGUCCAGAGAAUUCAAAGCUGUCGGACCUGGACGGGGAGACGCGUGGUAUGGUAGAGAAGAUGAUGUAUGACCAAAGGCAGAAAUCAAUGGGCCUGCCGACAUCUGAAGAGCAGAAGAAACAGGACAUUCUUAAAAAGUUCAUGGCUCAGCACCCAGAGAUGGAUUUCUCUAAGGCCAAAUUCAGCUGAGACUCACUGAAUCCACAUCACGAUCCAUGUGCGUCAUAUCAGAGCUGACGUCAGGCACCAACCAACUCACCACUCAUCUCUUCUCUCCAUACCAGAACUGGUUUUGUUGACUAACAUGUUUCCAGCGCAUAGGAUCAAGUUUUGUUGUCAGGACGACAAGCUUGACGACUGAAAUGUUGUUUGCGUCGUCCCUUUGCAUGUUGCGUCAAUAUUUAAAGGUUUGUCUGGAUUUUUUUUUUUUUAAUAAAUUGAUUUAAAAUCA